CUCAAACGUCUCAGCAGAUACAGAACACUACCGCAAAUGGCAAAGAGAUGCUGUCCAAUCCCAGGCUCAUUCCUGUUCCGAUGACUGUGAAUGUGAUGAUCAACCAGAACGUGACCCUCUCCUGCCACUCAGACUCUGGCUCUCCACCUGUCAGAUACACGUUGUUUAAACGUGGUCAGACAGUAUCCACUUUAAAUGGGCCAGACUUGACCCCUGUUUUGUUUAACUUGACUAUCAAGUCUGCCAGUGACGUGGGUGAAUACAAAUGCAAAGCUAAGAAUAACAUCUCCAGCAGUGGAAAAUACAGCAAUAGUUUCAACUUCACCCUUACAGAGCCAGUUUCCAAACCAGUGUUGAGCUCACCCACCUCUCAGACAAAGAAGGGCCAGCAUGUGACCCUGUCUUGUCUCUCAGAGAAUGGCUCUCUUCCCAUCACAUACAGAUUCUUCAAAGGCAGCCAAAGCCUCUCUUGCCCAAUGAAGAUGCAAAAGAGGGAAGCAGCUGUGAUUUAUCUGUUUAUUAAUUCCUCUAGUGACCUUGGAACCUAUACAUGCAAAGCUGAAAAUAGCAUUCACAACAAUAUAAAAUACAGCAACAGUUUCAACUUUACAUUAGCAGAAGAGAGAAGCCAUUCUGAAUGCCUGAUAAUUUCUUUUGGACUUAUCUUAUCACUACUUAUAAUAGGACUUGCUCUGGCAAUUCCAUUUUUCAUAAUUCCUUUAUAUAAAGCAAAAUCUGCAGAAAAAUCUAAGUCUCCUGGGUCCUCAGCUGGCCUUACUUCAGCAACAAAUGCAGGAGAGUCUGAGGACUGUGUCAUAUACACAGAGAUUGAGCCUGUUAAACGAGAAGAUGAAUACAUCAACUUUUCCGUUAUUAGAAGAGAAGAUGAAAAAGAGAAGAGAGCAUGUGCUACUGUCUAUUCAGAGGUCCUCCUCAGAGAAUGAGUACAAGGUAAGAUCUCUUUUGUGGUUAGCUUAACCACAUACUUUUAA